UUUUAUUUAAUCGAACACAACGCUAAAGAAAGAUUGUCUUUUUUUAAAACAAUAAGUAAAAAAAUUAUAUAUUAUUAUUUUAAUAAAAGACUUAUUAGAAAAUUCUGCAAAAAUAAUUGAAUUACAAGAAUUAUCCACGAAUAUUCCAAAUAAACCGUUAAAUCGGCCAGUUAUUAAUGUAACACCUAUGAGUGCUAAACAAAACAGUUGUGGUGAAAUGUUUAAAUCACGUAUUGAAUUCAAUCCACGCUUUGGACGUAGUCUCGUAACUAGCGAACACGUCCGUAAGGGUGAGGUGGUGGUCGAUGAACUUCCCUUUGCUUGGGGACCCAAACAGAAUAGCGGUAUUGUGUGUUUAGGUUGUUAUCGCGAUCUACAAUUCGAUGAAGAUGGUGACUCCAUGGAUCGUUGUGCUAAAUGUGAUUGGCCGUUGUGUGGUGAAUGUGAAGAAUCGCGAGAUCAUCAGGGAGAAUGUAAGAUUUUCUCCGAGGCAAAUGUUAGAUUUGCUGGUAAUGUGGGUGAAGAUGGUGUCUGUACCCAAUUGGAUUGCAUAACACCUUUGAGAGUACUAUUGGCCAAAGAAGCCAAUCCAGAACGAUGGGAAAGAGAAGUGGCUCCCAUGGAAUACCAUGAUAAGGAACGUCGUGAAAAUUCUGAUAUUUGGCAUGCAGAUUUAGUGAAUAUAGCACAAUAUCUAAGAGGACCCUGUAAAUUAGGUGAACGUUUUUCCGAAGAUCUCAUUAUGCAAGUUGUGGGCAUAUUGGAAGUAAAUGCUUUUGAAGCGAAAUCUUUGCAAGGAUUUCCUCUUAGAGCAUUAUAUCCCAUAACAGGUAUUCUAUCACAUAACUGUGUACCCAAUACAAUGCGCAGUAUAUAUCCCAGUGAAGAUUAUAGAAUACGUUUGCGUGCUAUGGUCGACUUGGAACCGGGUCAGCAACUGCAACAUUCUUAUAGUUAUACUUUGAAUGGUACCAGUCAGAGACAGGAACAUUUGAAAGCGGGUAAAUUCUUUACUUGCGACUGCAAACGCUGUAAAGAUCCCACUGAAUUGGGCACUAAUUUCAGUACUUUUAAAUGCAGCAAAUGUGAGGAUGGUUGGCUUUUGUGGUCGGAUCCUUUGGAUCCCAACACCGUAUGGAAAUGUACAUUGUGUGAAUUUAAAACCUCUAGUGAUGCUAUACGCCGAGCUCUGGCCGUCAUUCAAGCUGAAGUCGCUGAAUUACAAGCCACCGAAAUGUCUGCUACACGUUUACAGGAAACCGAAAAGUUAUUGAAAAAAUAUCGUGUAGUUUUACAUCCUUUACAUUUUAUAAUGAUUUCAUUGAAACAAAAUCUCAUCGAAAUGUAUGGUCGUGUUAAGGAAUAUGAAAUGGUAGAAUUACCAGAUAUUUUACUCGAACGUAAAGAGGAAUUAUGUCGUCAAGUUUUGCGUGUAAUGAAUGUUUUUGAACCAGGUCUCAGUCGUAUGCGUGCCAUGAUUUUAUAUGAAUUGCACGUGCCGGUUGUUUUAUUGGCUAAAAGUGGUUUUAUUGCGGAAGUUUUAACUGGUAGGAAACUUAAGGAAAAGCUAUCGGAGGCCAUUGAUAUUUUAAAGGAAUGUGUGGAAAUUCUACAGCAUGAAGAUCCACAGUCACAAGAAGGUGUUUUGGGUCUGAUAGCCAAACAGGCUAUGGAACAGUUAACAUUAAGUGUUGAAGGUUUGGGGGAUUGUUGAAGUUUAAAAUGUUUAGUUUUAUAUUAUAAGAGAUGUUGAUACAUAAGAAUUAAUUAAAUAAAAAUUAAAAAAAUAUA